AUGUAAAAUAAUUAUGCGCAUGUGCAUACCGUGGACCGCGGAUGCAAGCGGAAGCGGGAGAUUAGGAAUAUAGGAGGAAAGGUGCAAGAGUUAUCGUGGCCGUCGUCGUCGUUUCGAGUCGGCUUCGUUGUUUUUUUUUCGCUUCUAGGCACUUGUCUUUCUCAAAACGAAAUUCGCACGGCUGUUGCCACCGACCAUCCGAGUGCACAUUUGGACCGACCGAACCAGAUUAAUUCUCCCUUUUGGCCAGCAGCAUAGUAAGCUUAGCUGCGAUGUGAGUGACACUCACAUCUUCUACCUCGCUCGGCUCACGUUCACGUUCGGUAUUGUAUUGCCGUGGUUGUGAGCUGAGUUUUCCAGUGAGGGAUCACAGUUUUAGGUCGUUGCUUUGAGUGACCCGAACGCUGGCAAGCUAACGUGACCGGCUGCGUCCUUUGAUUUAUUUCGUGAUAUUUAUCCAGAAUAUCUAGCUAUGGGUGGUGCAAGAGGUGUACAAUACAUAGUCUGUAUAAUGGACAUGAUAUCCGUACGAAAAGAGUGAAAUUUUAUGGCUCAAAGUAUCUACAGGAUGAUCGACAAAUCAACCACAUUUUGCAAAAGCAUGGAACUAAGCGAAGGAAUAUAAACAUUAAUUCAUGAAAAUCUUCUCACACAAGUCAUUACACUAGCUUGAAGCUAGUAGACCCCAGCUGACCCUACGUAGAAUUUCCUUGCUAAUAACAACUAAUAACAGCAAACUUCAUUGAUAAAGUUCUGACUUCCUAAGCACGUACUCAAGUACGCAGCCAGUCAAUCGACCGAGCUGCCAUUUGGCAUUCGGGUCGCUCAACAGCUACGAAGCAAACGGCUCGAUCCCUCACUGGAAAUAGCUCAGCUCACACGCUCACGACUGGCGCUCAACAUAAGCGUGUGCACUCACGCUUGGUGAGCACUCCCGGCUCCCAGGAGUGACACUCACCUUAGGGUUAUGCUUAUGCUGCCAACCAAAGGGGGAAUUAAUCUGUUUCGGUCGGUCAAAAUGUGCACUCGGUUGGCGGCGGCAGUCGAAAUUCGGUCUCAUUUCGUUUGAAAAGCAAAGCGUCGUCCACCACGGUAUUCGGACGGAAACUCCCCCCGAUACAAAGCAAUAGCAGUUCGGUACUACAAAAAAGCAAGAAAGAAAAGCGUUUGUAAAAUUGUAUUCUAAAACGGGGAAAUAUUUAUUUAUUUGUGAGAUUGGUUUAUUCGCACGCAACAGUGUAGCGUAGUUAAGUGUGUAAUUGCAAGUGUAACAGAAGCAGAUAAACAAAAAAAGAAGCACCCAAACAAACACCGGAGCAACGAUCUGGAACAGCAGAACUUGACAAGUGUUCGGAAGUGUAGUGGCUGUAGUGAUAAAAAGCAACGUCAAGAAAGGAAACGCGAUCAUUGAUGAAAUGCUUCUACUUUUGCACUGAUUUAAGGAAAAAUAGAAUCUCUUAUCCUUAGCGGAACAAUGACCUUCUUACGAUCGCUGUACCAACUCGCCCUCGCCCAUUCGUACCUGUGUGCGUGAUUGCUUCCUGCACGAUGUGAACUAGAUCGCUGGCUGGUAGAAGCUUCUGGUUUAUGGCGUUGUACCGUUUGUCGUCGAUCAUACCGGAAUAAGAUGAAACGGGGGCGACACAGUGUUAAGCUACUGUAGUAAAUUUAAAUUACCUUUUCGGCAGGUGCAAUAAAAAUCGUUUGGAAGAAGAGAGAGUGCGUGCGUGUGUGUGUGUGUGUAAUAGCAAGAAAACGGCGGAAAUUGGUUGUAAAGUAAUGCAAACGGAUCCUGGCAGUGAUUUUUUAAACCCUUUUUUGUUUUUGGUACAUCGUGACGUGAUUUAGUGAGGCGAGUGAGGUUCCUGGGUGCAUCCUUUCGUAGGCCAGGUAGGAAAAGUGCAACCCAAGAAAUGAGACAAGUGCUAGAGCGUGCCGUUCAAUUUGUGAAGCCUGUUACAACUCAAACAACGGCUGUUUUGGGUCCUUCUCAGUAGGCGACGAUCUGCAAGCAGCCGUGUGAAGCCGAUCAUGUUGGUGCUGGCAGAGCAGCAAAACAACGGCCACGCAGCAGCGUUGGAAGCAAUGUGGUUCCACCAGCCCGGAAAACACUAACAUGGAACGCUGAUCCAGCUCACCGCCGAAUUAGUUCCCUCGCAAUCUUGCAGAGUGGAGUUGGACAAACAACCAACGCAAUGAGUUAGGUGCGAAAAUCACCACUUCGCCUCGGUUCGGUAAAUGCAUCGUCAAAAUUGAACUUUCGGAAACGGUAAUACGGUUUUUAGUUUCCUUUCGGGACUUUUGUGUUUCCCUUUCCGUUUUUGUGUGUGCAAUUGUUCAUAUGUGAUAGCAGCAAAACAUCGUCCGGAUAGCAACAACAACCGAAAAAACUAUCGAUGCAAGAUUUCGACCGAUAUUACACCGUUUUAAGUUCAUCGAUUGUGUAUUCUUCUGUGCGUGUGCGUGUCUGUGCAGUGAAAAACGAGGAUAAAGGUUGAAAAAUUCGGUCUUACGGUGUUUACGGAAAAUUGCACUCGCCAAGCCCAAAGGGUGUAGUUGUUAGGGAGCCAUCAGCAACAACAGCCAGCUCGCGUAAGUGCGUGCAAAUGUGAUAUCAGUGACUGCAGUGAGCGCGGUUGUACGAGGUUAUUUGCGUUACAUUGUGGUCUACCAAAUUUGUCCUUCGGCUAACAAAAAAAAAAAAAACUAACACUAAGUUUGGUUCGGCUAAUGUGCGGUUACGGUUCUGAAGAGAAAAGCUUGGUUUUGGAUGGUGAAAAGUCGAAAUUAAAGUUACUCUAAACAAAAAAUUAACUUUAAGCACUUAGAAUAUCCAAAACAAAAACAACGGUUGGAUCAAAAUUAAAAUUUAAGUAUGUGUGCAUUUGAAUGAAAACGUGCUGAAAAUUGGGAAGAAACGCGUGGAAUUUCGCCGACUAAACGCGAGGACGAACGAAAGCCAAGAACGCACAAUAGACUCUGCGAGCAGCAGUGAGGUGAAUCAUGCGCUGGUUGAAUAAAACGAAAGGUCCCGAGCUUGCUUGCCUGUGCAGAGAUCAGAGAAACCGUGAUAAGACAGCAGGGUGAGACAGACGGCUGUACACCGUGUGCAUCGUAAGGAAUCAAAAAUCCUCCUACCAGAAAAACAAACGGUCCGAUAACAGACUGCAUUGCAACUGCCGUACAAUGAAGCUUCGAAUGCCGUAAGACACUGCUGGGAAAAGAAUCAAAAACCGUACGCAAAUAACAUCCUUUGAGAGCAAUCUUACUCAAUAUUUUAACCGUUUUGCGUUUGGGCAUCGGAAGUCAUCACACCAAUUACAGGGCAAACCAUUUGCAUGCGUGGUACAAACAGGCGAAACUAUGAAGGAAUCAUUCGAAAUCAUGCCUGAUCAAGAACACUACAGCCUUCGGUGGAACAAUCACCAAAACCAUAUACUCCGUGCAUUUGACACGUUGCUGCAGACCAAAACGCUCGUCGACGUGACGCUGGUGUGUGCCGAAACGAGCAUUCGCGCGCACAAGGUAGUGUUGUCCGCCUGCUCCCCAUUCUUUCAGCGUGUGUUCUCCGAGACGCCCUGCAAACAUCCAGUGAUCGUGCUGAAGGACUUCCGCGGAUGGGUCGUGCAGGCGAUCGUGGAUUUUAUGUACCGUGGUGAAAUCAGUGUACCGCAGGAACGACUUUCGGUGCUAAUACAGGCUGGCGAAUCGUUGCAGGUGCGUGGUCUGGUAGACCAUCCGGUAGCCGCAAACACCCCGACACCGGCCCAGUCUCCCGAAGACUUUAGCCUGCUCGACACCUCACUGAUAUCGCCAACUUCACCCUCGUUACCCUCGCCAAACUUUCAGUCAAGUCACCAAUCGGGACAGCUUCGACAUCACCCGACGACGGCCACUGGGCUUAUAUCGUCCAACACGCCGAAACUGUUGCUACCGCCGCAAGUGUUUGCGGACCCGUCGAUCAGUCUACCGAGCGCUACCGUUGAUCCGUGCACCUCUCCGAUGCCUCGCCGCAAACAGGCCCGUCCGCGAAGACGCUCGGGCGACUGUGCACCGCAGGAUCUGAGCAGCAAACCCUCCACACCAAUCCCACAGACGCUGGACGAUGAGGACACGGAGCGAGAGCUGCUCGACGAUCGCCCAGAUGAGGAUGAAGAUGAUCUAGAGGAAUUGGACGAUGAUGACGAUGAUGACGACGACGAUCUGAAGCGCAUCUUGCACCGAAGCCAAUCGGUCGAUGAAAAACUGGCGGCACUGGUAGCAAAAGAAGAUUUACGAACACAAUCUUCCAGCAGCCUGACGACAACCCCGCCGACCACGACGACCACGUCAACAACCGCAGCGCCACCGACGCCAACGACGACAACGUCGAACAGCGAUGAAAGGCGAUCACGCUCGUUGCACAAAUUAAGCCCUCGCAAAACGUCUUCCUCGAAGGGUGGCCCAGGACUGCUGCAGCGGGACGACGAUCUGCACCCCGAGACGGCGCCGUCAUCGUCCGAUUCCCCAUCAGUGGCCGAUGGACCGGAAAAUCUGUGCAUAAAAAAAUCCUCUCCCAGCAGUUCCGAACUAAUUAGAAGCAUUGCAACCGGAGGGGUCGUCGGCGAGCAGCGUAAUCGAAUAGCGUCGAUCGACGCCUUGGACAACAAUGCUGCUGGCAGCGAAACGAAUGACCGGACGGGCUGUCGAGACGAUGCGGCACGCUUGCCUGAUGGAGCAGGCAAGGACUCCUCACCACUAUCCGACACCGUCGGCGGCCACAUCGGAGGGAGUCGGGGGCUUCUUUCGCUGAAGGACAUCCGGCACCUGAACCGUGCGGCGUUGAAUCGGUCCCUCGGGUCCAUCUCACCACCACCCUCGUUCGCGUCGCUUAACAACAAUCUGCACCCGGCCCUAAGUCUGAUGCAUCACCACCACCAUCAUCACCAUCAUCACGGCGAUUCGAAGCGUGUGAAGCUGGAAGAUCGUGAGGAUGAGCGUUCGCUGCUGCACGACGACAUGCUGGAACCGCCACAUUUUUUGGACCACAUGGAUCUGGCGCUCAGCACACAUCAGCAUCCGCUCGCACACCAUCUAGCCCACCAGCACCAUCUACGCAACGCUUCGCCCAAUCUGCGACCUCCCACGGCCGAUGGGGUAGGCGGCACGGACAAUAACAGCAGCGGCAACAGCAACAAACAGAAUAACAGCGGUAACUCCAGCAAUAAUAAUAACGGUAGCGCCGGCGCUAACAAUCACAGCAGUAUCCUGAACCAGCAUCACGGCAACCCAAAUAACAAGCAUCAUCAUCACCCGUCUAGUGGUGGUGGCAGACCAGGAACCCCCAAGCAUUCCUCCAGCCUCGGCAACAACAACAACAAUAACGUUGGCAGCAAUAGCUCCGGCAGCAGCGGCAACAACAACAGUCUUCACCACGGUCAUCAUCCGCAUCAUCAUCCACACAAUGGUCCCAAAGGAUCUGCUGGAGGGCCGAAAGACUUUCUGCACAGUCCCACCCUCAACUUUCCACCGUUCUUCAACCAUUCGGAAGGACCGCCGAGACCUACCCAUUCGCCGCUUCCCUUUCCGCACAUGCCGUCGGUUUCGUCCCUCACGCUCACUCCGCCCCACAUGUUCGGACUCGAUUCACCACUAGGACUUUUUCCGCCAGGAAUGGAUCCCGGGAAAAUUUACAGCCCCCUGAUGGAAAUGUCGGACCCACGUGGUAUGCACCACGACGGACCGCCUUUCCUCAAGAAGAAAAGUAAGUUGAACCGACCAAAAGGACAACAUUCGGCACCACGCGGAGGACCACCCCGAUCAUGGACGAACGCCGAGCUAACCGAAGCGCUGCAGCAUGUGUGGAACAAGAAGAUGACCACGAGUCAAGCGUCACGCAUCUUCGGCAUCCCGUACAACUCGCUACUGAUGUACGUGCGGGGCAAGUACGGCAAAAGCCUGAAGCUCGAACAGCUCCGGAAGGACUGCAUAAGCGGGCCACCGAUCGAGCUGCUGCAGAUGGGCGUUAGCAAUAGCAACAAAGACAAGAAGGAGGGCAAAGACUCGGACCUGCAUCACAGCCACCAUUCGGGCAGUGGGACGGGACGAGACGGUAACGGUGGACCGAACGGUGGUGGUGGUGGUGGUGGAGGUGGCGGUGGUCCAGGAAAUGGUGGACCACGAUCCGCAUCCUCGGAACCGGACCUCCUGUCCAGCCCGAAUCCACUGUUCAACCCGUUCCCCGGUGGGUUUUAUCCAGACUUCCCGGGCGGAUUUCCGGGGCUGCCGCUGAGCAUGCUGAACCUGCUACCACCGGAACGACACCCACCGCACACGCUACCGAUGUCCGUGGAUGAGGACUGCAAGAGCGAUCGGUCGAAACAAUCGCUGGACGAUGAUUUCCCACAACCGUUGGCGCUUAAUCGGCCGUCGUCGGAGCAGCUAGCGGACAGCCGGCGGGAGAUAUACCAACAGAACGGGCAGGACUAAUAUUUAAGAUUCGUUAGCACACUCCAUACGCAAGCCCACGCCUAGAGAGAGCGAGAGAGCGAGAGAGCGAGUGAGACCCCAACGCCAAACGGAGGCUUGCCCGAAUCGGAUCGAAGGCUAGCUGUUUCAUCCUUCUUCUAGCUGUUGUUUGUCACCAUUUUUAGCAUAAUUUUCUACGCUCCAUCUUCCAAAUUGCUGCAAUAGUGAAGAUCAUACGAUCGAGAGCAGGAACCAAAACAGAUCGUACACACGUGCCGAUCUGUUGGAAGGAAAGCAAUUAGCGUUCGAGGAGGAGUUCAAAAGUGGAGCGAAAGAUGUCCAGCAAUGUCCAACAAGGCCCUCUCCGGGACUGUCGAAGGCAUACGACGCAGAUGCUUUUUGGAUGGAUGGUGUUUAGUUGAAGCAAUAUUAUAGUAGUGAAUAUGUGUUAGUAAAAUUCUUACCCCCUUUUGUUCGGAUUGCACUGAAGAAGGGACGUACUCUGUGGCAAUAUCUUAACGAUACAAACCUGAACAAAAACAUAUGCCUACAUAGUCGGCUAGAAUCUAAGACUGGUCAUUGCGCAACGAAAAGAAAGCGUGCACAACUGCAAAAUGGGCGAUUGCAGCGACGAGGAUUUUUUUUAACUAACAUCUAUUUAAUGUGUUACCGAAAGGUACUUAAUUUUGCAGCCUUACGGCGUCUUAGUUCAAUGUGUACAGCAAAGGCGGGUCGGGUCGGGCUAUUUACAACUUUCGUUAAGCUAUGUGUUACACACCGCGGUAACACAUUUCCAUCCGCAAAUUCGCGACGCCAGCCAAACCAGUCGAACUGCAGCUACUGCGUCCUGUUUGGGGGCGGACCACGUGUCAAAUGAUUCCACAAGAAAAUCAAACAAUGAAACGAACGAAGAAAAGGACAUUGCAACGAGAUUGUGAGGCGAGGUUGUACAUCACAAACAAACAAACACACACACAGACAGACAGUUGAAAAUGCGUGCUUCCGAGAACGAGUAAUCUUAAGUUUUUGUGUAAGUUUUAAACUCAAAGAAUCAAUAGAACCAACCAUGUACACGUGCGCCGGUGUACCGUACUACUACUAGCAACCAGCCACACAAACACACCCAGAUCACACAACCGAUCAUCAUCAUCAAUGAAUCGCGAUCGUGCACAGUUUCCAUUGCGAGACUCUCCGUUAUAAACUUUGUUUUGUUAGUGUUUAAUGAGCAGAUUUAUUACGAUAUUAUUCAUAUUUUUUAUUAUUUAUAUAAACACCAGCAGCAGCAGCAGCAGCAGCAGCAGAUCUUGGUUAGCGAGUAAGUCAUCACCACGAUGAAUGCAAUUGUGAAUGCAAUUUAUUUAGUAAUUUGGGCCUUAUUUUUCCUGCUAGAGCGAGUUAUAUAUACAUAUAUAUUUUUACGUACAUUAUGUAUGCGAUCGCGUACGAUCCGAUUCCGUCUAUUUUAUCUUAUUGCUUUUUAGUGUUUUCUUUUUGUUUUGUUUGUUCGAUGAAACACGUGAUGAUUUUUAGUUACGACAAACGACGUUGCUUCCUGAUUUCUUUCCUGAUUCCUAUUAAGUUGUACGAAUGAAACGCGUUUUCGUAGCUGUAUAAUUUACCUUUUACAGUUUUGUGGCAAAACGAACGGUACUAGCACGAAAGCAGGCGACCACACAUCGAAAGCAAGGCAAGGCGUAACUUCAAAGAAGAGCUAAGUAAAAACCAGAUGAACAAUACAGUAUUAAUAAAGCAGAUAUUAUUAAACUAGUAAUUACACCCUCUCUUUAGUUUGGUUUUGUUUUUGUUUUUUGUGUGUUCGAUCUUCUGUUUGAUUGGUUGAUCAGUCUUAAUGUUUUUAUUAUAUUUUCUAUUCUUUCCGUUUCAGUGCUAGGGAGCAUGUACUUAGAAUAAAUGAACGACGUGGAGAUCUUAUCCAAAAUCCACACUCACACACACACACAAACACCUGCGAGGAGCCAAUUCGCACUCGAAAUUGGCAUGGUAUAAGACUGAACUGCAUCACACCAAAUUAUGUCCACAGUUUCCGUUUUGUUUUGUGGUUUUUCGUUGUUUUAGUUAUUGUUAUCACAUUUUCUUCAUUCAUUGUGCUUUUUUUUUUGUUACACCGCAAGAAACCCAGGAAAGCAAUCUGAUGCAUUAUUAUCAAACGUUAAACUGUUUCCACAAACACACCCAACCAUGUUACACAUAAACUAUCCCCCGCGAUGGGAGAAGAGAUCGCGAUCGUACGGGGUUUCGAAUCAUAUAAGCGAUCGUUUGAAGCACUCGGUAAAAUGUUGGAAGUGAAUAGUGAAAUAUUGCAAUCACUUUACGGAAUGCUGUAAUCAUACAGUGGAUUGUUAGCAUCCAGUUAGGGGAUGUUUGCAAAUCGAUUGACCAUGUUUGGUUGCACAACUGAUUACAAAGCUCCAUGAUCGCGUUGCAAGUCUCCCCUAACUGAAUGCAACAUUCCAUUGUAUGAAUGCAGCUUUCCACCACAGACUUGCAAUAUUCCACCAUUCAGCUGAAAUAUUCCACCGAGUGAUGCCAAAGCUUUCCUUACAUGAUUCGAACCCCUUAUAAUUGCUGCUUAUUUAAAGGUUUUCUAUUGCAAGCAUCAUCGCGUCGUUUCUGGUUCGGGGCGAGACGAGACGAACCAAGCUUUUUUGUUAACAAUAGAGUAAAACUUCGAGCUGCACUUUUGUGCACAGCUUCGAACCACAAACACAAACACACACGUUACGUUUCGACAGUCUUUGUGCAAUAUUGAAUGUGCGUCGGUUGGCGCACGUGAAUCGGUUGACCUGACAAAACUAGCAUGCAAUAGAUAUAACAGAUAAACAGCAGACGGAAAGGGCAGGCAACAUAUUAGAAGAAGAAAAAAACGCAACGCAAGCAAACAACCACAACCAAUAGUUCCUCAAUCAAUAUACAUAUACAAUAAAACUGACAACAGUUAUUUGUUGAAGAGAAGAAAAGAACAAAUAUUAACAAGUAAGCCAACGAAGCAAACCAAAACAAACCAACCAACACUGAUUCCUGGCUCUCAGCAAAGAUGCCCCCGCUCGCCGAUACACGUAUACCAAAGCAUCCGGCAGCCCCGGCAGAGUGCCGGUUUCCUUCCACGUGGUGGGUGCGAUCCAGCGAGCGGGCAAUUCGUCAGCUGGAAUUGAUAUAUUCCGCCUUUUUAGUUUUGUUUAUUAUUUACAAGAUAGCGCCAACACUGUUAGAAACAGUUGCAAAUAAUCCAUAGCUGAGUUAAAGUGAGCUAAUUUAUACAUUGCAAUUUUUACAAACAAAGCAUAACACAACAGGUACCAGGAUCAAUCGAGCCAAAAAUCGAUCAUCAAACUACGUGAAGCAGAUUAACGAUUUUUACAAAUAUUUUUAUACAACACACCAAUAGUGAACGCCGCAAGGGGUGUAGGGACUAGGUGAGCUAGCGAGAGAGACAUUGAAAGAGAGAGGGAGAGAGCGAUGAGUAUUUUACAACAGCAACAAAAAGACACGAAAAGCCCCUAAUGGAGGAUUAUUAGUGUUUGCCGAGGGCUACCAGAAGGGCAAGCAAAUCAUGUUCAUAAUGUGCUAGUAGUUGACGUGAGUAGGUAAAGGAACCAAAGGCAGGACGAGCACGAAUGGAAAUGUGAAACUGCGCAAGCAAAGACUGCCCCACAGACAACAAGUACACAGAAUUCGAACCAUUGCGUUGAGUUAAGCCUGCAGGCAGCAGGCAACGCUUCUUGGAGCAACAGAACACUGAGACGUGUGUGAGACAGGGCUUGGAUAUCCGAUCGCAUCACCAAAACCACAAUUUAGCUACAGUUCUGUUGAAUGGUGGUGUCAAUAGUAUAAAUAAAGCAAAAAGGUGUCAAAAUGGUACGGUAGAACUCGUAGGCGUAGAACUAUUGGACAAAAACAACAAAAAAAAUUGUGAACGAGAAACUAGAUCACGCACAAAAUACAUUUGUAAAAAGUUAAUGUACAAAUUUAAAAUGCUACAAAACCAUGUGCGCUGCUACGUAUCAUCGUAGCAAAGUGUAUGAGAAACAUACGGAUCUAUAUAUAUACAUAUACUAUACUAAGAGCUAUACUAAGAGCGUUUAAAGAGAUCCGAUGCCGAUCGGGAUCUGAACGGUGUGUGGGACAUUUAUAUAGCUAGACGAUGAAGAAGCAGCCUAGCGAAGGUACAAUAGCGAUUAACAAAAUGGCUAAUCAAACUUAUCUUUUAUCACACUUGUGUUUCUAGUGUCAUUCUUACUAGUGAAUAGUAUACGAAGAAUGACAGAAGCAAAAGAGAGAGAGAGAGAGAGAGAGAGAGAGAGCGCGCGCGAGAGAGCGAACGAGAGGACAGCUAGAAUCCUUGGUGUUCAUUACAACUAAAUGACAUGGGCUUGUUGUACCAACCGCGUGAAAACGCACCAGUAACGCAAGCGACACAAGUGACAACAAACGAAAACUGUGAAAACAAACAAACCGUAACACAUGAACAGGAUAAAAAUAUUAUGUAAACCAUAUGUACAAAUCUGGAACUCGAACCUAGCAUCACUAAUGCGAGCAUGUGCGUGCGUGCGUGCGUGCGUGCGGGCGCAACACACCCGUGCGCCAGUGCGUGUCUUCAAAGUAAGAAUCUAAGUGUGCGUGAGUGUGUGUCUGUAAUUGUUUGUACUUUGUUUCGUUGAGUCGAUUCUACCCACACGGUGCCACAACAGAUAGAUUAAGUACGUUCGCUUAACACAAGGAAAAGGCUGCUCUAAACGGGGUUUCGAUCUAUAUAAUGGGAUUGUCACUUAGGAGAGUGUUUCGAUUGGAGAGUGGAAUAUUGUAGGCUUGUUGUGGGACUUUUGCAAUCGUAUAAUGCGGACCUAUUUACUUAUCAGGCACAACAACCGCACUCGCUGCCUUGUCCUGCUGGAACAAUCCUCCUUGUCCUGCCGGAACAAUGUCGUUGGAGGGCCUACGGCAUCUCCUUGAUGCAAGUGGACGGCCUUAAAGGGCUUUACGGGAUGGGUCGUCCGGUGUCUUUGUCAUGACACGACCAUCCCGCCGGAGCUGGGCGAGUCUGAACUUAACAUCAAUGUUGAUGUCGGUACUGACUUUUGCUCAUUUUGGGUAUCGCUCCAACCCGAGGACUAGUGCAUCUUGCUCGACCCUGCUUGGUAAGCUACUGUCACAUAGGAAAGCCUCAAAAUAAUUAUGUCUAUGUCUUCAGCGAGUGCAGUGGCAAAUUUAUCUCCUCCUCCUAGAAGGGAGGGGGUUGCAAUUCGGCCCCGAGUGAGGUCUAUGUAAAACCUUCUCACGGGAGAAAUCUCUCACUGGUGAGGCCCCACUUACCGCCAAGACCACUGGCGAUUUCUCUGCCACUGAGCUUAUGUCAGGAUCUGGAUUGAGUUAUAGAAGAUGGUCCCCAAAGUUUCCACCACCGAGCCAUAUGGAUAAUUUUGUUUGUUUUUCAUUACUUAAUUACAAUAGACGCAAUAGACUUUGCGGCCCUCUUUCACAUAUAGCAGACAUACCAUAGACUGGUGUUGUUGCUUGUAUAAUUAUAGAGAUUUUAGGCCUUCUAAUCUCUUUCAUAGCUUGAUCUACUAUAGACUGAUUUCUUGCGUGGGCCGGAUAAAAUCAGCUGGUGAGCCAAGUUAGACGGCCUGUACUUUGUCAAGUCCUACUUCAAAGUUUAAUAGAAUUUGAUCAAACGUAGGCAGACAAUCCACAACUGAUAGUUAAAGUUACAAGCUCACUGUAUACAAGAUUCCAUUAUACGAUUGCAAAGUUCCACAGCGGACCUCCAAUGUUCCACUAUUCGAAAAAUUCCCUAAAGCGAUUCAACAAUUUCAUUAUAUCGAUCUAAACCCCUCAAAUAUUCUAGUUUGUUAAUUACAGGGCACACCAAACUACUCAGAGCCUCUCACACAAGCACACCGAAAGACAGUAGAGCUUUACUCGCUGUUCCAUUCCGAUCAUCGUUUUCAUGUUUCCAUUACAACAAUAGACAAUCCGAUAAACGAACAUGGUGUCGCCGCCUUCCUGUUUUAGCUAGCUAGGACACAACACCCACUCAACACAAUUUUACUUCAAACUUUUUUUUUUGUUUUCUCUGCAACAAUUAUCUGUCCACACUAUCCUGGACAGGGUAGGUAAACACGCCACCGGAAGGAUCACGCACACUCGCAUUGGAGUAGAACAGUAAAUUGCGCGUAAACGCAGCGCACCGUUUUUAAGCAAAAACAAAUGAAUAAGAAAAAACAGGGUAAUUUAAUGAAUUUCAUAUACAUUAACUAAUGUUCCGAGGGAGGGUUGAGCAGUUUUAUGAGUGCAACAAAUCAGCAAACAACAAAUAGGUGAGCGCGUGUGCGAGCAGCAACGAACUGUGCAGCUGGAAAUUGAAUGCAAUUUCUACACCUAACGAAUGUAAUCUUUACAACAAACAAAAACUAAACCCCGAGCGCUAAUAUCCAAUGGGAGGGGGGUGGGGGAGAGGGAGGGAAGGGAGACUCUAAUACACAUAUACAUAUACAGUCUAAUAAACAGCGUGUCCACACCAAAGGCACCACCGGCAAAGGUUCUAUUUUUACUGUAUGAACCCAGGAACAAGACACCAGAAGCAACAGCACAAAUACUGGACAAAAAAACUGCUACCCCCUUUACGGUCUACCCACCCACACUCCUCCCCCCCUCCCCACCGUUGGGGUUCCCGGCAAACAAAAACCAAAAUACUAUUUAUGUCAAUAUUUCUAUACACCACCUUACCAGUCAGUAUGAAGGGGCAGCAGUCCAGCCGUUGGACUAAUGGUGACUUUUAUGGUUAAUUUUAACUGAAACAUACAAUGUGAUAUGAUUCGUUUUUGAGUUUAGUGUUUUGUUCUCUUCUACUUAGACGCUUGAGUUUCGGGGUUUUUUUUAGGCUCGUACAUACAAAAACGGUUAGCAAUUGUGUAAAUAACAAAACUUUGAAGCUAAGCAAAAACCAAGUCUGGAACAAAACUUUGGAAAAUGAUAAAAUGAAACUGAAGCAAACCCCUUGUGGAUGUGGAUGCGUAGGAUGCCCAAGCCAGGGAGACGUUUUCUUGUAUUAUUCUCUUUAUAAGCAAACAAAACCAAACAAAAAACGUAGACGAUGUAGUGAGGAAGGAAGCGGUAAGGAUAAAAUACAAAACACACACACUUACACUCUCUCUCUAGGAAAAUAAACUUCUAACUUCACUGUUGUUUAGACGAAAAAUUAUGAUUGCAAAAGUGUAAGAGCAAAAGUAAGAAAGCAAAAACCAAACACUCUAACCCCAAAAUUUGUCUACGAGAUACGAGAAGAAAACAAAAAGCAAACAAAAAAACCCAUGUGUAUGUGUGUGUGUGUGCGCGCGUUGUGCAAGAAAACAAAACAAACUAAAACAAAACAAAACAAAGCAAAAAAAUAAACAUGCGGGAGCCAGUCACAUGCGUUUGAUAAUAGCAUUUGUAAAAGGAGUAAACAAAUUAAACAUAAAACUAAAACGAUAAUUAUUUGCAUCAGGCAUAGGUCGGCCGGCAUAGCAAAUGUUUAGUGAGCCUCGUGUUUCUACAUUUCGGAUGGAUCUUAAUCUAUCUUUCAGUUAAGACGCGAUUAUGUUUUCCUAUGUUCCGAUCCAUCCCGGUCAUCGAGAAGAGCCUUGGGAUGGGAUUGCAUCCCUUGCAUCGAUUGCAAUGACACGAUCGAACGAACCUGUCGAGAGUGUAGAGCAGCGCAGCAUACAGAGCUUGAACACCAAAGCCCAAACAAAAAACAUUCUACUAAACGAUCACUGUAAAAACAAAACAAAAAACAGGCUACUACCGAGGAACACGGGACAGGAAGUAACUUAAACGUAAAACUCAAAUUUAAAGCAUGCGGCUAAACUGAAGCAUAUGGAAGCAUUUCUUCAAAAUUGUGAAAACAAAGUGUAAUGAUCAUAUUUGGCACUAAUUGAUAUUUACUGUUAUAAAACAAUAACGAAAAUUAAAUAAAAAGAUACAAAAAACCAAACGUCUUGAUCAAAAAACCA